UUUAUAUAGGUAUCGUCCUAUUUUCAUUUACCGGUUUCAUGCCACGCGUGUUGGACUUCAUAAUUCCUUUGAAUACUUCUCGUCCACUGAUGCUACCAUAUCCGGCGUAUUACUUUGUUAACGAGGAGAAAUAUUUCUAUUAUAUUUUUUGCCAUAUGUUAUUUAGUGCGGAAAUAGGUCUGAGUGGAAUAGCUGCGCACGACUGCUUGCUCUUUGUUUACAUCGAACACGCUUGUAGCCUUUUCGCCGUGAAUGGAUUUAGAUUUGAACAUAUGUUGUAUAAACGUAAUAUUGAAAAAACGAUAAUAAUUAAUCAUGCAGAUGAAGUGUAUUGUAAAAACGUUGUGUUUGCAAUUCACGCGCAUCGAGAAGCCUUAGAAUUUGCACUAUUGCUUGAAAAUACUUUUACGUUAUCGUUCGGUAUACAAAUUCUGAUGGUUACAGUCGGCAUGAGCAUUAGUUUAGUACAAUUCUCAAUACAGUUACCCAACAAUUUAGCAGGAGCAAUGAGAUAUUUGCUGUUCAUUGGCGGUCAAUUGUUUCACUUAUUCUGUUACAGCUUUGAAGGACAAAAAUUGAUAAAUCAUAGUUCCGAAACUUGUGACAAGAUAUAUAAUGGCUCAUGGUAUAAAAUACCCCCGAGUGCGCAAAGAUUACUCCUGAUGGUGAUGAGAAAAAGCAUCGAAGUUACUACUUUGACUGCCGGCAAGAUAUACGUGUUCUCUUUAGAAAGUUUCACGACGGUAAAACGAUUCUCGUGACACAGACGCUACGAUAUCAGAGGCAAGGGAGUAUGUAAAAAUUUUUAACAUAUCCUUAUUUAGGUCUUGCAAACCUCGAUGUCGUACUUUACGGUUCUAUCGUCCUUCAGCGAAUAAAUCGACAGAUCGAUGAUUAUAUAGCAACAUGAUUAACAUGAAAGAUAUCUAAUUUUCAUGAUCUGGUUCCCGCAGAUCUUGAAAUUAAUUUACAUACAUAUUAAAAUAUACAGUUUGCUCAGGGAUUGUAAAACUUGUGCAGAUGACUUUAUUUCUAUUUGAUAGUGCAUCCGCCACGAUGUUCUCCUCGCCUGUCAUGUGCCGAAUGUCGGUGGAAAAUUGCCCGAUAAAAUCCAAGUGGCGGAACUGGUGCGGCGUGCUCCUCUCAGGUCUCUGUCGGAAGGCGUAAAUCAGCGGCUUGUGAUCCGUGUAUAUCGCGAACGCGCGCGCCUCCAGCAUAUGUCGGAAGUGCUUGACCGCCAGGUAGAUAGCCAACAGUUCCCUGUCGAACGCGCUGUAUUUUACUUCGGCUGGGCUUAGCUUCUUCGAGAAGAAGGCUCCCAGCCGUCGCUGCCUCGCUGUAGUAAAGUCGCGCCGACGCUCUGCUCCGACGCGUCACCUUUGUGUUCGCGUCGGUCACAAAUAAGCGGCGCGCACUGUGUCCCGAGUCGCUCGCCGCCUCUAACGACCGCGUUUCCCUGCUGUUGAUAAAGCAGGGUUCUCUGCACUGUCGGGCUUCCGCUCCGAAUUGCCAGUGGUACCAGCACACUCCGCUGGCCGGCGGACCACGGCUGCUGGAUCGCGGGCGCGAAUGACGUCGAUCGUCACGAUCUUCUUCUGAUAUCGACCGUCACCGAUCGCUUCGAUCGACUUUCGGAUGGCCGUCAGCUGCUCCGCCAUCUCUUGCUGCAUUGCCAGCCGCAUCUGUGCCAGUCGCAUCUCCAACCUGGCUUCCAAGGCCCCGGAUCGCUCGCGCAUUGCGUCUGAGGUCUUACGAAUUUCGACGCUUCGGUUACUUGGAAUGCUGGUGCCCGGGUCGCCUCGACAAUCGCAUCCGCGAUAUCCUCCAGCUACUCGAGCGUAUCCGCCGUGCGCGUCACCAAAUGCGGCUGAAUGUAAGCCGGCAAUCGGUUUAGCCAGAUCGUCCGCAAGACGGGAUCGUCAACCACGUUUCCGGCGAGGCCGCGGAGGUGUCGUAAAAAUUGCGACAGCUUGCGAUCUCCGAUUUCCUCGUGUUCAAGGAGCCUCCGGGUCUUAUGCUCCUGCGACAGGCUCAGACGCUUGACUAAUUCAGUCUUCAGCGUCUCAUACGCGUGCUCCGCAGGCGGAUUCAUAAUAAUAUCACGCACCUCGGCAGUAUAAUUCGGCCCGAUAGCUGUCAACGCGUAUCCAAACUUGGUGGAAUCGACUGUGAUUCCGGCGGCCUGAAAACUCCUGUCGACGAUGUUGAACCAGAGUUCCGGAUCCGACAGCGUAAAUUCCGGCAUUCGCAUGCCAACACGGCUUAUCUCGAGGGCGGUCAAAAAAUACCCCGGCGGCUGCUUCAACCUGGCCGCCUGCUGCACUUGCACUCGCGGCUGCUCGAGCGCCCGCGCCUCUGGCUCCACGCGCGAACCGACCGUUCCGUCGUCCCGCGUGACAACCAUGCCGAAUCGUUUUUCACUACACAGCUGGUCACUCUCACUCCCGGGUCCGAUCGGAUAUAUCGUUUCACAAGUCAAAAAAAAAAAAUGCUCUCACGCGCGAACACGAAAUCGCGAAUUCCCGCUCGCUCGCGAUCACGUCGGGGUCACCACUUUAACUGCCACGGAGGAAUUAUUAAUCAGACGAUGCGAAUCAGGAAUUGAAAUAAAGAGAAGCGUUAAUUAUGUAUAAAUAUGCGGUAACGAAAAGGCUUUACAAGAGUCUGUACAUGAUUUCGGAGAUAGAUGCGAAAUAUAAAUCGUUCGUAUUUAUAAUGUACGGUCGUACGCGGUGACAGUUGAUAACCGAAUCUCUCGAACGCAAAAAUCGCUCUUCAUAUCUUUCGCCUCAAAAAUCGACCUUCGAGAGGCUUCGAGAGGCUUCGAGAAUUUUAUGUUCGUUUAUUUCCUUUGUCUCUUAACGUCUCGAUAUUUGUCUCUGUGCUUCUCGUCUUUUGUCUCUCUCUGUCUCGUUUGUUAUGUUUUUAUUUAUGUUUAUUUGUGUCUUGGUACUUUUUGCAUGUGUGUGGCCGUAUUCGUAUAAGUGUUUUUGAUCGCUAAUUUUCGGGAUGCAUGUGACGAUGUAAUCGCCACACUAUACAUAAUUAAAGGUUGUAAUUAUAG